AAAAGCAAUACACACUCAUACAAGCACACAGAUAGCAGAAGAGACAUUUUGACCAAGUAAAUGCCUGCCCAAAACUUAAGGAACUUGAUCAUGGUCACGUCUUACGAGGCUUCACUUCUUCAUUCCUGCUUGAACAGCCGAUGAGCAAACUUUCCAUGACUAACAAAUGCUGGUCUAGAUUAUGAGCUCAAACAAGAACGCUCGCUACAAUCGUUUCUCCAGUGGCACAACAAACAUCACUGCUUCUGAAAACACUAACGGGACAAGAAUGGAAACAACUUUUGGGCCAGCCUACUCUGCUGUGACCACCAUCACAAAGGCUGACGGGACCAAUACUUUUAAACAGCAUCGUCGGACCCCAUCCUCCUCCAGCACACUCACCUACUCCCCACGAGAUGAGGACGAUGGCAUGCCUCCGAUCAGCACCCCACGUCGCUCUGACUCUGCUAUCUCCGUCCGUUCAUUGCACUCUGAGUCCAACAUGUCCUUACGCUCGACGUUCUCACUUCAUGAGGAAGAGGAGGAGCCAGAGCCGCUGGUGUUUGCUGAACAACCUUCUGUGAAGCUGUGCUGCCAACUGUGCUGCAGUGUGUUUAAGGAUCCAGUCAUCACAACCUGUGGGCACACAUUUUGUAGAAGAUGUGCCUUAACAUCUGAGAAGUGCCCCGUGGACAAUGCCAAACUGACCGUAGUGGUUAACAACAUUGCAGUGGCUGAGCAGAUUGGGGAGCUGUUUAUUCACUGCAAAUAUGGUUGCCGGGCUGCAGCCAGCAGCAAGCCUGCUGCCUUCGAGGUGGACCCCCGUGGAUGCCCGUUUACAAUUAAACUGAGUGCCAGGAAAGAUCAUGAAAGCAGCUGUGAUUACCGGCCAGUUCGCUGCCCCAAUAACCCCAGCUGCCCACCUCUCCUCAAAAUGAAUCUGGAGGCGCAUCUCAAAGAGUGUGAACACAUAAAAUGUCCCCACUCCAAAUACGGGUGUACAUUCAUAGGAAAUCAGGACACCUAUGAGACCCACUUGGAGACUUGCAAGUUUGAGGGUCUGAAGGAGUUCCUGCAGCAGACAGAUGAUCGCUUCCAUGAGAUGCAGGUGGCAAUGGCCCAGAAGGACCAGGAAAUUGCCUUCCUGCGCUCCAUGCUGGGCAAGCUCUCAGAGAAGAUCGACCAGCUGGAGAAAAACCUGGAGCUCAAAUUUGAUGUGCUGGAUGAGAACCAGAGCAAGCUGAGUGAGGACCUGAUGGAGUUCCGCAGGGACGCCUCCAUGCUGAAUGAUGAACUUUCCCACAUUAAUGCUCGACUCAACAUGGGCAUCCUAGGAUCCUACGACCCUCAGCAGAUCUUCAAAUGCAAGGGGACCUUUGUGGGGCACCAGGGCCCUGUGUGGUGUUUGUGCGUUUACUCCAUAGGAGACUUGCUCUUCAGUGGCUCUUCAGACAAAACUAUUAAGGUGUGGGAUACCUGUACCACAUACAAGUGCCAAAAGACCUUGGAGGGUCACGAUGGAAUUGUACUGGCUCUCUGCAUCCAAGGGAACAAGCUGUACAGUGGCUCUGCUGACUGCACCAUUAUUGUCUGGGAUAUUCAAAACCUGCAGAAAGUGAACACGAUCCGAGCACAUGACAAUCCUGUCUGCACUUUGGUCUCUUCACACAACAUGCUGUUCAGUGGCUCUCUCAAAGCCAUCAAGGUCUGGGAUAUCGUGGGUACUGAGCUCAAACUGAAAAAGGAACUGACAGGUCUUAAUCACUGGGUGCGGGCGCUGGUGGCUUCUCAAAACUAUCUCUACAGCGGAUCUUACCAAACAAUCAAGAUCUGGGACAUCCGAAAUUUGGAGUGUGUCCACGUGCUGCAGACAUCAGGAGGCAGUGUCUACUCCAUCGCUGUGACAAACCACCACAUUGUGUGCGGCACCUAUGAGAACCUCAUCCAUGUCUGGGAUAUAGAGACAAAGGAACAAGUCCGCACGCUGACUGGUCACGUGGGUACGGUCUAUGCCCUCGCUGUCAUUUCCACGCCGGAUCAAACCAAAGUCUUCAGUGCAUCGUAUGACCGGUCUCUCAGGGUGUGGAGCAUGGACAACAUGAUCUGUACUCAGACUCUGCUGCGACACCAGGGUAGUGUCACUGCCCUCGCCGUCUCCAGGGGCCGCCUCUUCUCCGGCGCUGUGGACAGCACUGUAAAGGUCUGGACGUGCUAGUGAGAGUGCCACACUAGUCCUGCACACUGAAAGACCAAAAACUCCUCCCCUCCGUUGGCCUGCUGGGUGACUAACACCACUAUGAAAUAACUGCUGCAGCUCCUGCCCACACCGACCGCUGCCUCCUGGCCAGUCUCCCCACCUGCAGGGACUCUGGCUGGCAGCUCCCAGGACGGCUUUGGCCCGUGGAUCCCCAGAUGACCCUCAGAUCUGCCAUAUUUAACUGGAACUGUAGAGGAAGCUGGUCUGGUGCCGGGCCUUCCUCUCCACCGCGUCCCUUCCUCUCCACAAGCGAGGAGCAUCCUCUGGAGCGAGGGGCUGGCUGCGAAGCUCGGUCUCCAGGCCACGCAGCCUGUGCAGCGCUGGUGCGAGAGCAGUGCGACGCUCGGCCCGCGGCGGGACUGAACGGUUCAGCUCGUCGCAGGCGGGAGCCGGCCUGCCGAGGGGCACGAGCGCUGGGCUGCCGGGCCCUUUGUAAAUGGUAGAACUAUUAGGCCUUGCCCUGGGUUGGGUUCCCAACUCCUUUCUGUCUCUAGUAUUUAAUUUUACUGCCAAGGUGUCAGGCUGAUCCAUCGGAGAGAAGUGUUUUCUUGAGUAGCCAGGUACGAUUUUUAUGCCACAGCUAGUUCUCAAAUCAAGUAACACAAAUCCGUUGUUCACCACCCUGUAAUAAUGGUCGCCACAUUAAAGAGAAAAAAGCCUCCGUUGCAUUUUUACUCACAUUUUCUACUGUUUUUAAGAUUGUAAUAUAGAUUUGAUUAUUUCUUCAUUGACAAUAAAAGUGGAAAGCGUU